AUGAGAAGUUUUAAUGCACUUUUUUCAUCAAAUAAUCAAAUACAAAAUGCUCAACAACAAAUUAAUUUUUUUAAAGAAUAUUUAACGGUAUUCAAUGAAUUAACAAGUUCAGAAACAGUUCUACCAGAAUUACCUGUACCAUUAGUAGAUAAUACAACAAUUAAAGUUCUUCUUGCUGGUCAUCAACAACCACGAAUGGGUUUGAUUUAUUAUUAUUUUAUUUUCUUUCUAACGAAUUUCAUUAAGUUAUUUAUUAUUGUAGGUGGAUAUGUAUCAAAUUGUAAUGAUUUUGAUUUUGAAGAAACACGAGAUAUAUGGUCAGAUCUUGAACGAACAGUAACUGCUCAUGAUCGUCGAGCUAGUGGUACUCGUGCACAACUAAAUUUAUUUACAAGUCGUACACAUAAUCAACAACAUCCAAUAGCUGUUGCUAAUGAAACUAUACGUGUUGAAUUUUAUGUACGAAAUACACUUCAAGUUCCAUUAUUAAUGAGUGAAGUACAAAUAUUAUGGAAAUUUUCAUUAGGUACUUGGAAGAGAAAAGCAAGUGUAUCAGCAGAUACUACUGAAGAAUGGAAAGAAUAUACUAAUGAUACAUUGACAAAACAAACUGAGGAACUUGUUGAAUGUGGUAUUCUCAGUGAUUGUGUUAUUUUUCCAAAUGAUACUUCCAAAAUAGAAUUAUCAUUACGACCACGUCGUUCUGGUAAUUUGACAAUAUUAGGUAUAUGCUAUCGACUUAAUAUUCUUGUACAAAAUAUAAGUGAUCAAACAACUUGGCCGUAUGGAAUAAUGGGUAAAACAUUAUUUCAUGUUAAAGGUAUUCGACUUAAUUCAAAUCGUCGAGAACGUCUCAAUAUUAUCUAUGGUGUUGAUAAACGAUUAGAAAUACAAGUUGUACCAGAAGCACCACUUCUACAUAUUGAAUUUUCUCCGAUGCCUGCUGCAAUGUUUUGUGGUGAAAUUCAAUCUUGUUUAAUUCAUUUAAUAAAUACAAGUUCAAUGCAUCCAAUAACUCGUGUUCGAUUAGUAAUAAGUCAACCAAAUCUAAUAACAGUAUCUUCAAUAGACGAAGAUUCUUUAUUAACAUAUACAAAUGAAUCUAAAUCAAUGUGGAAUCAUCCAUUGAAUCAACAAUCUUCCGUAUUAACACUUGUUAGUCAUCAUCAUCCAUUAUUAGCUAAUUCAACACGAACUAUACGUUUAUGGUUACAUGCAUCACAUCUUGCUGGUGAAAUGAAUAUUGAUUUUUUAUUUCUUUAUGAAUCGGAUGUUUUUCAACAACCAUUAAGGUUAUUAUUUCACCUUACGAAGAUGAAUAAUUCAAAAAAGAAAAAAAAAUGACAAUGAAAUAAGAUAUAAAAGUCUUGUUAUUGAAAUUAGAAAGAAUCUAUAAAAAAAGUAUGGAUGAAAAAGAAUAUGUAGUUCAAUAGAGUAUUACUAUAGAGUCGAUCGUAAAUAAUAAUACGAAAAAAAAUUAAUAUAUCUUCUCUUCGGUUUACUCAAAGCGAUUAAUUCAACGCAUUAAUUACUAUUGUUCACCUUACUAAAAAAAUUUAACCAAUUGGUUAUUUUAUAUGUUGAUAUUUGAGUCCGGUAAUUAUAGCGAACAAUAAAAGCUCUUUGGGUACUAAGUUGCUAACAUCCUCAUCAAAAUCAGUAUUCUUAAAAAUUCGAAGUAUUGCAAUCAUUGAUUUUUGAAGUAACUAAUUCUAAAACUUCCUUCUGU